AUGGCGAAGGUCGCUGCCAUGGCCAUGGAGAAGGUGGACGCCAAGGACCGGGAGAAGAUCGAGGCCGUCCGCAAGGUGAUGCGCAAGCAGGCGCCGCUCUCCCCCAAGCAGGUACGCACCGCGGAGUACUGCAACGACGCGUGCGUGGAGCGGUUCCUCCGGGCCAAGGGCGACAACGUGAAGAAGGCGGCCAAGACCCUGCGCGCCGUCCUCUCCUGGAGGGAGACCAUCGGAGCAGCAGAUCACAUCAUGGCCGACGAGUUCUCCGGCGAGCUGUCCGACGGCAUGGCCUACGUCGCCGGGCACGACGACGAGAACCGCCCCGUCCUGAUGUUCAAAAUCAAGCAGGAUGACUACCCCAAGUACCAGCCCCAGAAAUCGUUCGUGCGGUUCCUGGUGUUCACGCUGGAGGUGGCGGUGGCGUCCAUGAACCGCUUCGUGGACGAGUUCGUGCUCCUCUUCGACGCAAGCUUUUUCCGGUCGGCGUCGGCUUUCCUCAACCUGCUGAUGGGCACGCUCAAGAUCGUCGCCGACUACUACCCCGGCCGCCUCCACCGCGCCUUCGUCAUCGACCCGCCCUCCCUCUUCUCCGUCAUGUGGAAGGGGGUGCGGCCGUUCGUGGACCUGGCGCCGGCGACGGCGGUGGUGAGCUCGCUGGACUUCGAGGACUCGCUGGAGGACGCGUCCUUCACGGCCUACCCGCGGACGGCGUCGCUGCGCUUCGAGCCGUCCGUGGCGGCCGCCGUGCUGACGGCGGGGGGGAAGGGGGGAGCCGCCGUGGGCUCCGCCUCCUCGCGCUUCGCCUUCAGCGUGUCGGACAACGCGCUCAAGCCGUGGUACCUCUCCACCACGCCGGCGCCGGGCCCGCGCUCCGUUGUGCCGGCCUCCUCCAGCCCCUCCCUCGUCGGCGCGUCCCCGCUCUCCGCGCGCUCCUUCUCCUUCGCCUCGCCCGCCGCGCGCUCCACGCCCACACCCCUCCAGCAGCAGCAGCAGCCGCGCGCCACCCGCGCGCCGCCGACGCCGUCCGCGGCCAAGGGAGGGCAGAAGGCGCCCUCCCCUCUGCCGCCGACGCCGCCGCAGCAGCAGCAGCAGUUCCCGCGGACGCCGAGGCCGUCGUUCCUGCAGUCGCCGUUCACGUUCCGCAAGGACGGGCAGGCGAGCCGGGUGGAGCGGGAGCGCGAGUCCUUCCUGCCCUUCCUGCGCUUCUACCGCCGGCCCUACGACGAGAUCACCUACCGCGCCAUGAUGCGGCGGCCGCUGGGCGGGCUCAUUGCCAUCGUCGCCGAGGACUUCAGGCCGAUGCCCGCCCAGCCGCCGCUGCGCCGGCACGCCGGAGCGCUCCAUCACCAGCACCACCACCAUCAGCACCAGCACCAGCACCAGAGGAUCUGA